UACUCCCUCUACUAUUCCAUACUACAUCCAACAUGCCCCGCCCAACAUCCCGAGAGGAAGUCCUCGCGCGUCUCCGCCAAACCAUCGCCGAUGGCUCCGUCAUCAUCGGCGCCGGCGCCGGCAUCGGGCUCUCCGCCAAAUUCAUCGAGAAGGGCGGCGCCGACCUGAUCCUGGUGUACAACUCGGGCCGGUUCCGCAUGGCCGGCCGCGGUUCACUGGCGGGCAUGAUGCCGUACUCGGAUGCGAAUGCGGUUGUGGUUGAAAUGGCCAGCGAAGUCCUCCCGAUCAUCCAAAACACGCCCGUCCUGGCGGGCGUCUGCGGGACGGACCCAUUCCGCAACAUGCGCGAAUUCCUCACCCAGCUGCGCAGCAUCGGGUUCAUCGGGGUGCAAAACUUCCCAACCGUGGGCCUGGUGGACGGCAACUUCCGCGCCAACCUCGAGGAGACGGGGAUGGGGUACGAGCGCGAGGUGGAGAUGAUCCGGCUGGCGCGGGAGAUGGAUCUAGUGACGACGCCGUACGUGUUCAACGUGGACGAAGGCGAGCGGAUGGCGCGCGCGGGCGCAGACGUGAUUGUCGUGCAUGUCGGGCUGACGACCUCCGGCACCAUCGGCGCGCACACGGCCCUGUCGCUGGAUGACUGCGUGCCCCUGAUUCAGAGUAUCCGGGAUGCGGUCGUCAAGAUUAAUCCCGAGGUUAUUGUGCUCUGCCACGGCGGGCCGUUGGCGGGGCCGCAGGAUGCGGGGUAUGUGUUGAAGAGGACCAAGGGGGUGCAUGGCUUCUUUGGCGCGAGUAGUAUGGAGCGCUUGCCCGUUGAGGUGGCCAUUGAGGAGAAUGCGAGGGCGUUUAAGGAGUUGAAGGUGAAUUGAGUUGUUUAUGAGAACGAGUGCGCCGGUUGCUUUCGAUUAGGUCGAAUUGUAUGUACAUCAUGGUUGCGUGCCGCCGGAGACCCGAACGGGCAAUUUCCCGGUCGGAAGAUCUCCAGCAGACUGAGAGGACCAAAUAAUUAUUACCCUCUGUAGUGGAGAGUCCCAUUUAACCGAGUGAUGUCAGUAA